AUGGACCAAUUAAAAAUAAAAAGAGGAAAUUUUCUAUUUACUUCGGAAUCCGUUAACGAAGGACACCCCGAUAAAGUUUGUGACCAAAUAUCUGAUGCAAUUUUAGAUGCAUGCUUAAAAGAAGAUCCCGAAAGCAAAGUUGCUUGUGAAGUAUGCGCAAAGAAAAAUUUUAUUUUUAUUUUUGGAGAAAUAACAACAAAAGCAAAGGUAAAUUAUGAUCAAGUCACAAGAAAUGUCUUAAAACACAUAGGAUAUGAUGAUGAAAAAAAAGGUUUAGAUUAUAAAAAUGCUGAAAUAAAGGUAUUCAUUGAUGAGCAAUCCCCUGAUAUAGCACAAUGUGUACAUGAAAAUAAGCAACCUGAAUUAAUUGGUGCUGGGGAUCAAGGUAUAAUGUUUGGAUAUGCCACAGAUGAAACUGAAAAUUAUAUGCCUCUAACACAUCACUAUGCAACUUUAUUAGGAAAAAGAUUAACAGAAGUUCGCAAAUUAGGAAUAUUACCGUAUUUAGGACCUGAUGGAAAAACACAAAUAACUAUAGAAUAUAAAAAUAAAGCUAGUGGUGUUUAUCAUAUGGAACCAAUACGUGUACAUACGGUUUUAAUAUCUACACAACACUCUGAAAAUGUCAAAUAUGAACAAUUAAAAUCUGAUUUAAUGGAAAAUGUUGUUAAAUAUGUUAUUCCAGAAAAAUUAUUAGAUAAGGAUACUUUAUAUUAUUUAAAUCCAUCAGGAAAGUUUGUACUUGGUGGCCCUGCAGCAGAUGCUGGAUUAACUGGAAGAAAAAUUAUUUGUGACACAUAUGGUGGAUGGGGAGCACAUGGUGGAGGUGCCUUUUCAGGAAAAGAUGCAUCAAAAGUUGAUCGUUCCGCAGCUUAUUAUUUACGUUAUAUUGCUAAAUCACUAGUUGCUAAUAAAUUUUGUAGAAGAGUUUUAGUACAAGCUUCUUAUUCUAUUGGUAUUGCCAAUCCAGUGUCGCUAAAUGUCAAUUCAUAUGGUACAGUUAGCACUGGAUAUACUGAUUAUGACUUAGAACAAAUAAUUCUAAGAAAUUUUGACCUUAGACCUGGAUUUAUUAUUGACGAAUUAAAAUUAAAGGAACCAAUUUUUUCCAAAACAUCAGCUUAUGGCCAUUUUGGAAGAGACGAUCAAUCAUUUACUUGGGAAAAAGUAAAAGAUUUAACUCACGAAAAAAAUGUUUUAAAAAAUUAA